GGGGCGGAGGGCCGCAUGGCGGCGGUGGCGGAGGAGGAGGAGGAGGAGGAGGAGGUGGUCUGGGUGGUGGAGAGUAUCGCCGCCUUCCUCCGCGGCCCCGACUGGUCCGGGCCCAUCCUGGACUUCGUGGAGCAGAAGUGUGAAGUUUUUGAUGAUGAAGAAGAAAGCAAGCUGACCUAUACGGAGAUUCAUCAGGAAUACAAAGAGCUGGUUGAAAAGCUCUUAGAAAGUUACCUGAAAGAGAUUGGAAUUAAUGAAGAUCAAUUUCAAGAAGCAUGUACAUCUCCUCUUGCAAAGUCGCAUACAUCACAGGCCAUCUUGCAACCAGUGUUGGCAGCCGAAGACUUCAGUAUAUUUAAAGCAAUGAUGGUUCAGAAAAACAUCGAAAUGCAAUUACAAGCCAUUCGCAUCAUUCAAGAGAGAAAUGGUGUAUUACCGGACUGUUUGACAGACGGUUCUGAUACGGUCAGUGAACUUGAACAGGAGGAAAUGAAAAUCCUCAGGGAAGUUCUUAGAAAGUCAAAGGAAGAGUAUGAACAAGAAGAAGAGAGAAAAAGGAAGAAGGACGGAUUGUCGAAGCCCUCGGAAGGUAAAGGAGAAUGUUCGGGGUCCUCGGCUGAGCCCGCAAGAUCUAAAGCACCCCCAGAAGACAUUCAGAGUCCUGCCUCUUCACCCUUAGAGGAAAAAGCCCAUUUUCCCAAUGGAUCGGAACAGUGUUUACCAAGAAGGAUGAAGAGCCCCCUUCAGACGGCACCUCAGAAGCCAAAGGAAGAGAGCAGCCUAAAGACACCCAGACCACAAGCCAUCAAAGGGGGACCACUCACCAAUUUAUCAGGGCUCAGACUGGAGGAACUCCGUCAGCGAGAAGACUAUCUGAAGCAAAAAAGAGACCAGUUGAUGUCCCUGAAAAAGGACCCCAGGAGCAAGCAGCUGUGCCCCGCUGAAGAGAAAGAAAAGUCCCCUGCUAAUGAGGACACCGCCAAGAAAGCAGAAAUGACAGCAGAGGAAAGACAAACCUUGUUAAAGAGGAGGCUGCUGGCAGAGAAACUGAAGGAAGAAGUGAUUAACAAGUGAGGGUUAAUUUAGAAAAGAACAUAGGCAGAAGUUUGAAUUUCUUUAAAAAUAAAUUAUUUAAUCCAUCA